GUUCGGUGAGUGUCGUCAUCCCACACAUCCACCAAACCUCACCCGACUACUGUCUCGGACGUCACCAAGCCCAACGACAAUUGUGUCAACGAUUCUUGCCCUGAUCCUGUACCCCUGGACCACGGUAUUGUCAGCAAGUUCAACCUCACCUCUAACGGUGACGAAUGUUCCAGCGACCAACGACUCAUGGAGCCUGUCUAUCUUUCGGAGCUCGACGAGUAUGUGCAGCAACUAGUUAGCAACUGUCCCGACAUUGAGAAGAGCAUGGACUCCAUGCCUGAGCCCGUGGGAGUAUCCCAAUUGCCCGCGAGUGAUCUACCCACUGUUCAUCCUUCCUUACCUCAAGCUCAAAGUUCUGUUAACUUCAUGUUCCAAAAUACGAUUGUACCAUGGAACGCAAAGCCGACUGGCCUCGAGAACGUAGUUAGUCUUCUCUCGAAGCUGAGUAUCACUAGCAAGGCCAUAUACUCCACUCUCGAUGCCGACGAAGAUGCUGGCUUGGCAAUGGAAGCGAAUCAAUGCAGCCAUCCACUCGCACUCUCCGACCUAGAAGAAAUGCGUGGCCACAUUGGACAAAUUGCGACCUCACUUCAAGAUCUGGAAAAACUUUGGUGGGGGCUGGAGAAAAAGGGGAGCUGCACCCGUCAGUUCAGAGAACGCAUCUCGUUCUUGACAGGUCAAGCUAUCGAGAAGAAUUGGCCGGAAACGAAGGAAAACGCAGCGGCCAGAUCCCAGGACAGCGCUCAGUUUGGCGGCAUACCAAAUCUCAACCACGAAGUUUCUGCUGUCUCUUUAGGGAACCCGAGUGGAUUUCCCAUGGUCGACCCGAAGACUACUAUACGUCUCGUCCCGCAGUCUGCUGAGGACUUUGAUCCUUUUGUCGGUUCCGGUCCGUUUGAUAUUGAAGGCUCUCUUACCAUCCCACAGUCUGCUAGUGGUCGCGACCCCUUCGUCAGGUCCAGUUCGUUCGAUACUGGUGGAUCUCUCGAUCCAUUUGUCAGUUCCGGUCCAUUCGACACCAACGGCUCUCUCGUAUAUCUUCCAGGGCCGCGUAGCACUCAGGGCUUAACGGGAAUGCCCGCCUUUAGGGGUUCAGAGUAUGGCGGGUCUAACUUCAUGGCGACGUCCUUCGGACGCUCGAGCACUAAUUUGCUGUCUGAUUUCCUUCACUCUGAAAAUGUCCGGACUGAAGCACCAGCUGAAGUGCCGGGAAGUGAACACACUAGCGUCGCUCAGACAGACCGAACUGAAAAAUUCGCCCAUGAGAACGGCGCUUUGGCACCUAAGCGUCAACCUCGCUCCAAGAAAGUUGCGGACAAGGACCUCAGUCCCCCUUUGAGAAGGAGUGGGCGCUCAAAGGGCAAGUCAACCAGCGCCACUACGCCGGCCAACAACCGAAAGAAGGGUCCCGGCAGAGGAAAACGCCCAAACAGCAAGAUGCCUUCAAAGCAGACCCAGAGCGUUACGACUGCCGUCAACGAUUCGGCCCCGGAGACCGAACAGCAGCCUUUCGCCUCAUCUCAGGACAUGGCCGACUCUGGUCUACGUCGUAGCACUCGCAUUAGGAACCUUUUAGCUCCAAGCAGCACGACCCCGAUGCAGACGGUAGCAACGGAAACCCGCAACUCAAGCCUUAUGGGUUCCGGCAACAGUACAACCACUACGUCUGGAACGGUCCGCAAACGUGCGGCAACGCGCCCUCCCUCUACUCCAGGCAGUGCUAACAAGAGAGGAAGGACUCGUAGAACGAGCAGCAUGAACAACUUCGAAGAAGCGAGUGGCGUGAGUGACACAUACGAUGCUGGCGGUUACAGCAGCUUUGGCAGAACUAGCGCCUUCAACAACAACCAAGGUACCGGCGACGCAGACACCUUCGGUCGUCCCAACGUCGGCAACAGUGUCGGAAGCUACAAUGGUUCGAACAGUUUCGACAGCCUGGGUGGCUCGAUGACUACCUCUUCCGCCAACGGUUUCAACAGGGACCUUGUUUCUCCUUUCGGUCCCCCGAGGCCCUCAAGCCCUCGCGGCACCCUCGAAGCAUACGCACGGAUUCAAGCUGCGCGCCAGGCGAUCAGCACGGUUCACGACGCUGAAGGCAACACGCAACCCUGGAACAAGGUCCUAUCGGCUGAAGAGAUGAGAACUCUAAAGGGUCCACUCUCAUGGUCUCCUCAAAAGGAGAACGACACAGCGCCUCCCGGUACUUGAAUUUGAGGGUAUGUGAUGGUGGCCCUGGUUGAGCGGGAUUCUCGAAGUGCAACAACCAAUUUGAGUAUUCGCCUUGGCCGU